AUGCAGUCGCGCUACGCGGCGUCGAAGCUACUGCAAAUCCUCCUUGCCCGAGAACUCGCGUCGAAACUUACAGAUUCGGGAGUGAUUCUGAAUAUCCUGCAACCUGGCCCUUGCUAUUCUCAAUUGACUCGCGAAGACGAGAGCCGGAUGAACACUAUACUGAAGCUGGUCCUUGUACGCUCCACGGAAAUCGGCAGUCGCACUUUGCUUGCAGCAGCAUUGGCGGGGCCUGAAAGUCAUGAAGCGUAUAUGAGGGACGGCAUAGUCGAUAAUGGGGCCUUGUCUCCUUUUAUUCAGAGUGAAGAGGGGGGGGGAAAGGCACAGCGAAAGGUGUGGAAAUAA